AUGUCGACCGAGUCGACUAACAGCGAAAAGGUUGGCGGCCGCAUCAGCCCACCGCCCAAAGCAGAUGUCGAGUCUGCUCCUCCCCGCGCCCCUCCAGCGCCGCCAAAUGGCGGACUGAAGGCCUGGUUACAGGUCGUGGGCAGCUGGGCCAUCGUUUUCAACACUUGGGGCACCAUCAUCACCUUUGGCGACUUCCAAGCCUUCUACGAAAGGGGAACGCUGUUCACCGAGUCCUCCUCGAAUAUCUCCUGGAUCGGCUCCAUCCAGUCGUUGAUGGUGUUCGUCGUUGGUGCCGUCAUUGGUCCCAUCUACGAUCGAGGCUAUCUCAAGCUGUUGCUGCUCAUCGGGACCUUUGGUAUUGUCUUCGGUCACAUGAUGCUCUCCCUCUGCUCGGAAUAUUGGCAGGUAGUCUUGUCUCAGGGCUUCGUAGUCGGCAUUGGUGGUGGCUGUCUGUUCGUCCCCGCAUUGGCAGUGGUCCAGCCCUACUUCAGCAGCCGACUCGGACUUGCUCUUGGCAUAGUCGCCACGGGGAGCUCACUCGGCGGUAUCAUCUACCCCAUCAUUUUCAUCAACCUUAUCGAGAGAGUCGGCUUCGCCUGGACCGUGCGCGCCAUGGGCUUCGUGGCCUUGGGCUCCCUGCUAGUCCCCCUGGCAGUAUCCGAGAUGCGCGCCAAGCCCCCGGCUGUGCGAAGAAUGCUUGACUUGACGGCCUUCUCAGACGGCCCGUUCAUGCUCUGUAUACUGGGUUGCUUCCUUGGCUAUGCCGGCUCUCAUGUCUCCUUCUUCUACAUUGCAUACUACGGACAGGCCAACGGCUGGAUGACGGGCACUUUGGCGCUCUACCUUCUGCCUAUCCUGAAUUCAGCAUCAGCGAUUGGCAGAGUACUACCAAACUGGUUGGCGGAUAAAGUGGGCCCCGUCAACGUUGUCAUUCCAGGUUCACUCAUCAUUGGUGUGAUUUUACUUUGUAAUCUUGCCGUAACAAACGCUGCUGGUAUUAUCUGCACGGCUCUAUUCUUUGGCUUCUUGUCUGGCAUAUUUGUUGCAACUCCACCCCUCUUAUUCAUGGUCUUCACCAAAGACAAGACUAAACUCGGUGCACGGAUGGGGCUGGCAUACGCACUUGUUGGCCUGAGUGUUCUUCCCGGUGGACCUGGCGCCGGAGGCGUGCUACAGCAUCAUUCCACUAGGCUUGACUGGGUUGCUGCCUGGGUGUAUGCAGGCGUGCUUCCCUUAUCUGCCUGCCUCGUUUUCUGCGGUUUGAGAGUGUGGCAAGCGGGCACCAAGCUGAAAGUGAAAGUAUAA